ACAUUUCUGUUGUUUCAGAAUGCCUGAGCCAGCCAAGUCCGCUCCUGCCCCGAAGAAGGGCUCCAAGAAGGCGGUGACCAAGGCGCAGAAGAAGGACGGCAAGAAGCGCAAGCGCAGCCGCAAGGAGAGCUACUCGGUGUACGUGUACAAGGUGCUGAAGCAGGUGCACCCGGACACGGGCAUCUCGUCCAAGGCCAUGGGCAUCAUGAACUCGUUCGUCAACGACAUCUUCGAGCGCAUCGCGGGCGAGGCGUCGCGCCUGGCGCACUACAACAAGCGCUCGACCAUCACGUCCCGGGAGAUCCAGACGGCCGUGCGCCUGCUGCUGCCCGGCGAGCUGGCCAAGCACGCCGUGUCCGAGGGCACCAAGGCCGUCACCAAGUACACCAGCUCCAAGUAGAUUCUGCACGUAAGCGUCUUUAUACCUAACCCCAAAGGCUCUUUUCAGAGCCACCCACAUUUUCAGAAACGGAGCUUUGUAAACACUGUCGACCCUAACCUGGUAGGAGCAUCUUGGGUUGUAAAAUAGUAGACGACGGUGUGUUCGUGGGCGGCCUGUUUAAGCAAGUUAGAAUUUACUUGCAGUGAAAGGCUAACAUUCUCAGCAUAAGGUUAAAACUGCUUUGCAGUCCGUUAAGUGUUUGGGCAAACUAUGUGAUCCAAGGAAAG